GCGUCACCGUGAAGCACGUGAUUCCAAAGGUGCGGUUUCAUUCUUUACUCUCUCGUCUCGCACAAUGGGUGGAAACUCGUCGUUCACCUUUUUCUGUUACAAGAACUUACUCAUCAUCCUAAAUGUGUUCUAUCUGAUUGUGUCGCUAAUCUUGAUUGUUGCACCUGCUGUUGCAAUUGGGGACGCCAAGUUCACUAAUGUUCCCAUAGUCGGAGGUGUCAUAGCCAGCGGUGUCUUUCUGUUGGUCAUUGCAAUUGUUGGUCUGGUUGGAGCUGUGAAGCAUCACCAAGUGUUGCUGUUUUUCUACAUCAUUGCAUUGGGAAUUGUGUUUAUCAUACUCUUCUCUGUGUCUGUUGCUGCUCUCGCUGUAAAUAGUAGCCAACGUCAUGCAUUAUUGGAACAUACUUGGAGAGGGUUGAACGAUCACGACAAGGCAGAGGUGCAGUCAUUCUUUGACUGCUGUGGAUUCGAUAAUGCUUCUGUAAACAUAAAGUCAUCUGAAAAUAAGAUAGGUCAUCCAUCUUGCAAAGUGAAACUGGGGAAAGUAUCUCCUCCAAAGUGCUGUCCUUCAUCUUAUUCCAGUGUUGAAUUAUUUGAAGCACAAAAUAACGAUUCAAUGCCUACAACUAAUGCAACUAACGUUACCACAGAAUCAUCAAACACCACGUCAACAGCAUCGAACGACGCCACACCAACAUCUACUGUUACAGGAUCAACCAACAUUUCCACAGUAAACCCGACUGAUUACGAUGGUCAUUGUGGCGAUUGUAAGCCGUGCUACAAUGCGUGGAGUGACCAGGUGGCCAAAGCGUUUAAGGUUGGUGGCGGCGUCGGUCUCUUCUUCAGUCUGACAGAGCUUUUCGGUCUUAUCUUGACGAUUUACUAUCGCAACAAGAAGGAUCCGACCGCCAAUCCUAAUGCUUUCCUCUAAGAACACAGGACACAUUGCACGGAACAAUAUAGUAGUAGAAAUGCUGGGUGAACUCUAUAGCUGUAUUGCAAAUGAUGAUGAUGACGACAAGGUGUGACGUUAUGCAAUUUGUGUUGUGAUUGGACCGACGUGCUGGUUGCCACAUUUAUUGUGUGUGAUGUGUUUAGUUAGUUGAUAUCUACGAUAGUAAGGUGAUGAUGUUAUCGAGA